GAUUGUGGCUUGCGAAUCUGUAGGAAAUCGAAGCUGUAUCGGUUCGAUAAAGAUGGGAGUCAAUGGAAGGAGAGAGGUGCUGGUACUGUAAAGUUCUUAAAGCAUAAGGAGUCUGGGAAGAUUCGUCUCGUUAUGAGGCAAUCGAAAACUCUGAAGAUCUGUGCUAAUCAUCUCGUUACAUCGGGCAUGACUGUUCAGGAACACGCUGGGAACGACAAGUCUUGCGUAUGGCACGCUCGUGAUUUCUCCGAUGGUGAAUUGAAAGAUGAGCUUUUCUGUAUCCGCUUUGCUUCAGUUGAGAACUGCAAAGCAUUUAUGCAAAAGUUCAAGGAAGUCGCUGAAUCUGAAGAAGAGAAAGAAGAGAGCAAAGACGUCUCUGAUACAGCUGGUCUUCUUGAGAAGUUAACAGUGGAAGAGAAAGAAACAGAGGAGAAAAAGGAAGAGAAACCAGUGGAGAAAGUAGCAGAGAAAGCUGUUGAAGAAAAGAAAACUGAGGAGUCUGUUCCUUCAGCUUAA